UUAGUUGGUCCUCUGAGGGUUGAUCAAAGAGUACCUGAAACUGAGGCGAAUAUUGAGGAUGUUUGGGAUGUGAAAGGUUGGGUUGAGAAAGGAGGGGCCUGGAGACCAACAAAAUGCCAGGCUGUUAGUAAGGUAUGUGAAGAAAUAGCUGACAACCAUGUCAAUAUACAGUAUAAUACUUUAUGUCAAACACUGUACAAUCUUACUACAGAAUAGAAGGCCCUCUAUACCCCUGCGCACGAAAAAAUCACAAAAUACUUGCAUACAAUUUGGUCGAAAUAUAAACAAUUAUUCACGGAUUAAUAUAUAAGUGUCGUACAUCAUCAAGUACUUGCUAUUCCAGUGCAGAAAUGUUUGAGACUCAAGUCUUGGUCACAAGACAGUUUCCUAUUCAAUCCUAAGAAAACUUUUCAUGCAAAAUGAAUGACUCACAAGUCAUGUUUAUUACCAUCCUUCAUUCACAGAUCAUGGUUAAAUCAAAACUUUCUUUUACAUAUAAUAAAUUAAUAAAAUCAUCAAUCACAUACUUUCACAGCUAAAUAAAAUAACCGUUAAAAUGUGUGAAAAUCUAUUAAAAUUGAGACAUUUUAACAACAUUUAGUUCUCAAAACCUAAAAUACAAUGCAUUUUUUGCAAGCACAUUUUGAAGUUAUGAAUUUUGCUUACAGGCAAUAUACCUCGCUAAUUAAUACACAUUCAACUAUAUUUAAUUUCAAUUUUAGGUUGCAAUUAUAAUCCCGUAUCGAAAACGUGAGCAACAGCUAAAGAUAUUUCUACGUCAUAUGCAUCCAAUGCUUAAACGUCAAUUGUUAGACUACAGGAUUAUGGUUAUUGAACAGGUAUUUCAAUGCACAUCAUUUAGAAACACUGUCAAACCAUGGGCAGAUUUACUGUUGGGGGUGGGGGGUUAGGGGGGUUGACCCACCCCCCUAGAAUCUCUCUAACCCCUCUUAUAAAGUGUUCAACCCCACCAAAAUUUCGCCUCACCCCUCCUAUUUUGUCAUUUUGUAUGACAAUCUUUCACCUUAACGCUCAGUGCUGCCGCUUGCACCCCACUAGAAAUUUUUCCUCCCCUCCUUUGUGUCAAACUGAGGAAGCUUUUGUUAGUAGGGAUGUAACAGUAUCUGAAAAAUAUACGGAGAAUUUCGAUGUUUCGAGCAAAGCCCCUUCAGGGGUUGAUGAAGUUUGUGGGGAAACACCUAUAUUUCAAAUCUUAACCCAAUAAUAAUAACCUUACAAAAAAGAGUAGUCCGAAUUAUUACCUUUUCUAAAUUUGACGAUCAUUCAAGUCCUUUAUUUAAAUAUCUUAAUAUUUUGAAGCUCAUUGAUCUUGUUUUUCUAAACAACACUUUAUUCAUGUAUGAUUAUCAUAACGGGAAUCUUCCUGCUACAUUUAAUAACAUAUUCAAACAGGUCACAUUAGUACAUAAUUAUAAUACCAGAUUGGCUUCUAGAAAUACAUAUUAUAUUGACAACAUAAGAACUAACUAUGGCAAAUUCAGUCUUCGAUUUCAGGGUCCUAAAGCAUGGAAUGAUAUUGAUGAUAAAUAUAAAACUCUUAGCAAAUCAUCUUUUAAGAAUAAAAUUGCGGAAAAUAUGAUUUUCAUUUACUAGCGCUGCCACAAGUAUUCAUGAAUAUAUACAUUUAUAAUUAUACAAAAUGAUGUAAAACUCAUUAUUUCAUUUCUUUUAUAAAAGGUCACUAGACUGGUUUAGUCUUCACUAUUUCUGGUGACCUGUGCCAUAAUGUUUAUAUAUUUAAAAAAAAUCAUGUAAUGUUAUUUUACUUGGUGGUGCAAAAUAAAAUUGUUGUUGUUGUUGUUGUUGUUGUUGUUGUUGUUGUUGUUGUUGUUGUUGUUGUUGUUGUUGUUGUUGUUGUUGUUGUUGUUGUUGUUGUUGUUGUUGUUGUUGUUGUUAGCAGUGGGUUACUGCCAAAUUAUUUUCAAUUGGCUUUUGUCCUUACACAUUUGCACCACUGUUACUGAGCACUGUGUAUUAAAUAUUUAAGGGCCUUCUUCAAGGCUCUUUGCUCGAAACGUCGAAAUUUUCCUUAUAUUUUCAGGUAGUCGCAUGCCUACCAAUGAAAGCUUGUUCAUAUUAUUGCCACUACCUACACUGGCACAGACAGUUCAUGAUUAUUUCAAACUGAGUGGAUCUUAACAAUUUCGUUUGUUCAUUUUCAGGCUGGCGAGACCCCCUUCAACCGAGCUAUGUUGUUCAACAUUGGGUACAAGGAGGCACUAGCUUUUCAUGAUUUUAAGUGUUUUGUAUUUCACGAUGUUGACCUCAUGCCAGAAAACGACAAGAAUUAUUAUGGUUGCCCAACCGCACCGAGACAUUUGUCUGUGGCUAUUGAUAAAUUCCAGUACAGGUAAGUCGGAAUUCUUACACAUUGGUGUGCAUUGGAUAACAGAGUUGGCAUGGACACAGGACUGGACUAUUGUAGAUUUGCAAAACUUCGGUUGGUAGAAAUGCAACUAGCGUGGGGCGGUUUCUACAAAAAAACGAAAACCAACCAAAAAAAAACCCGAAAAACCCAAGUGAACCGGUUUUUUAUAAAAAUACGUUCGAAACUACGGUAAAAAAAGACACAGCACGCUACUCAGUACUCGCGCAAGAUAUUAAACGAUUUUGAAGACAUUAUCAAAUUUCAAACAAAAUCUCUUUAGUUUGUCGUGUGUAAAUGCCAAAACUUGAUUCAUUUGCAACAAACUCGUAUAAGUAUGGUUCGAUUUUAGUAAAAUACUGAUUUUUCCUAAUUUUUCUCCAAAAGUAACAUCGAGUAUUUCUUUUUCUGUGUUGGUGUUGUGUACUCAGGUGAAUAAUAUGAUGCUUGUGAUGUUACUCUGAGUGUAUAUCCACACCGGGCGAGCUUGAAAAAUAUGCCCGGCCACGGUGGGAAUCGAACCUACGACCUUUGGAAUACUAGCCCAAUGCUCUGCCAACUGAGCUACGCGGUCAGGACGGUUCGAUUAAGUGAUAUUUCGGAACAGAAUCUAGUUCCUUCGAUACCAAUGUAAUCUAGUAAUAUGAUAUUUUUCUGUGUUGGUGUAAUGUACUCAGGUGAAUAAUAUGAUGCUUGUGAUGUUACUCUGAGUGUAUAUCCACACCGGGCGAGCUUGGAAAUAUGCCCGGCCACGGUGGGAAUCGAAUCUACGAGUAUUUCGGUUUUCAAAAAACAUCGGGUUUUUUCCAGUUUACCGAAAAACUGCCUCACCCUAGAUGCAACUACCUGAAAAAUACGAGGAGAAAUUCGAUGUUUUUAAGCAAAGGCCCUUCAUCAGCAGGUUAAUGGCCAACGAAGGGCCUUUGCUCGAAAAGUUGAAUUUCUACCAACUGAAGUUUUGUGAUUAUUGGCACAGACUGUUGUAUAACAUUAUCUUGGAGGACUUAAUGUUAGGGGUGCACUGGAACUAUUUUUUUAAGUUCUGACCGCAACCGGAUCUGGCCGGAACUGGAAAUAAGUUCUGGACAGAACCGGAACUGAUUUAUCAGGCCUUCAAAUAUCGGUCGGUCACGGACAUUGUCCGACCCAUUCGUGAAAUUGUCCAACGUCGAGAGGAAACCACCGGACAUUCUGUCCGACCUAAGUGAAACUGAGGUUUAUUGUUUGUCCGACCUGAGUGUAUUUGUGUCGACCUAACUGUAGCUUUGUCCAACGUAAAUCAAAAUGUACCUUAGUCCAGGACUAGAGGCUUGUAUGUUAAAUAGAGAAUCAGAGUACUAUUGUAUAAAAGAUGAACUGGAAAUGUUGUUUUAACGUAGUCGAGCGCGGGGUGGCGAGCGAAAUGGUGAAGUGGAAAACGGGCUUAAGUUGUCGAAGUUUCUUUUAAUACUGCUGUUCUGGCAAGGAAGUUAAUUUUGGAAAGAAAAAAAUUAUGAAAGAAACAAAUUAUUUAAUAUUUUCACAAUAUUUACCGUUCAGAAUUAAUACAUUGUGCUGAUAUUAUUAAGCCAUUAAUUACUUUGUCUACUGCCAGACAGGCAGACACUUCAAGUCAUCAAGAAGAGAGCUCGCAAAUGUUAGAAUAAACUCGGUUCCAGCCGGAACUAACCCGCCAGAACCAAAUUCCGGUGCACCCCUACUUGAUGUGCAUUUAAUCCCUGGCAAACACUGCCAACGGUAUCAACACGCAAUGUAUAGAAUUUGUAAAGUGCGUAUUUUCUCAACAAUCAGUUUUAUACAAUCAGAAAUUGACAGUCAGAUAAUUCUGCUGAUUACACCAUAUUACUCUGAGUUAAUGACUUGUGAAUUGACUUAAACUUGCCAAAAAUGGCUUGUACAUGACUUGACUUGGACUUGCAAAAUAAGGCUUAUUUUAAAACAACUCUAGCUUUCCUUUGGCCCCAUGGCAGCACUUCCCUUAGCCCUUAGGAUAAAAUUAUGUCUUAAUAUUUUUCUUUGAACAUUAUAGGCUACCAUAUCAAGCGAUUUUCGGCGGUGCUGGUGCAUUCCGAAAAGAAGAUUUUGAGAAAAUAAAUGGAUUUUCCAACCAAUUCUGGGGUUGGGGUGGCGAAGAUGAUGAUCUUUAUAGAAGGUACAGUUUAAGGAGCAAAUAGUUUGAAAUAUAAGCUUCUGUGGUUAACGUUUGUGUCCUAAGUACAUGAAAAACAUGUUAAAAGCCUUUGCGUUUCAAACAAAAGGCCUUCAAUGUAAACUUUGUGACGAAGGACCUUUGCUCAAAAGGCCCAAACCUAGGUAGUUUAAACAAAAACCUUGGAACCUUACUGCGGAGUGCAAAAUAUACUACUUGCCCUAGACCCCACGUUUGAGAUAUCUUUUUCAGGUAGUUCAGACACAAACCACGACAGCUUAAUGUAGAAUACUACCUACACUGGUCCACCACAUUUGAGAGAUCGUUUUCAGGUAGUUCAGACACAAACCACGACAGCUUAAUGUAGAAUACUAUACAUACCUCCACUGGACAACCACAUUUGAGAGAUCGUUUUCAGGUAGUUCAGACACAAACCACGACAGCUUAAUGUAGAAUACUACCUACACUGGACCACCACGUUUGAGAUAUCUUUUUCAGGUAGUUCAGACACAAACCACGACAGCUUAAUGUAGAAUACUAUACAUACCUACACUGGACAACCACAUUUGAGAGAUCGUUUUCAGGUAGUUCAGACACAAACCACAGCAGGUGCUAUAGAAUAUCACCUACCCCUUGUAACAGUCCUACUGUCAUACAGUUUUAAGCUCAAUAUUUCAUCUAUUAGGAUAACCGCGAAAGGAUUUAAACUAACUCGACCAGGCAUGGCGGUUGGAAGGUACAAAAUGAUUAGAAUAUUUCACCAGAGCGCCAAGGCUGAUCCUUUGAGGUAAGUUUAAACAGUGUAUAUAGUUUUUGCAAUCCAAUUUAUAUUUUCUGCAUGAUAAUGUAAGCGCAGAAUGGAACAAAGGUAAGGCCAAAAAAAAUAUGUGGGUUUCCGGUUUCCCGACCCUACCUAGCUUUUGGACGUCGAAAUUCCGACCCUAAACUUUUUUAUUGGAUCAUGCUUGUAAGUGUUUCCACUUAGAGGAAAAAGUUUGUGGAAAAUUGAAAUUUGAGGCAAUAUUAGGGAAAUUUAUCUUUGGAAGUGGAAGCACUGACUAAACAAAAUGGCGUCGGCUUGUUCGGAAAAUUAAAAAAAAAGUUUAAAAAAAAAAGUUAAAACCGACCUACCCUACCUAAGUUUUUAUACGAAGAAACCGGAAACCCACAUAUUUUUUUUUUGGCCUAACCAAAUUAAAUUAUGAAACUAAACUAAAACAUGUUUUGGCUAAUUUUCAUGCUACUUUUUUUUACAGCUCUCUUAUCUCAUUUAUAUUCUCAUCGACUCUUGUGCACUCUUAUCAAAUUUAAACUGGUUCAAAUUUUGAUGACAGUUGAUUAGAGUUGACUAGAGUUUUAGUUGCAUGUUUGACUGUUAAUAUCCAGUCAACUCCUAUGUGCAACUCUUGUUCUCGUUUGACUGCGAAAACUUUUGACUAAUACACUCAUGGACACUCAAAAUAUUCAAAUUUAUAAGCGAAUUUACCUUUUGAGUAAAGUAAGCUAGUCUGUACUCAAAAUAGAACUGCUCGAAUUAUUAUGAAUAUGAGAGCAUUAAUGAGCAGUCCACUCCAAGUCUUAGAGAAAAAUUUAUAAAAAAUAAAGAUCUUAAUAGAGAAUAUAAUCUUCGAAGUAAUGAUACUAAUCUAGCACUUCCAAAACCUAAAACAAACUGUCUUAAACGAAGUUUUAAGUGUAGUGGUGCUGUGGAAUAGUCUUCCUUCUGAGGCGAGAAAGGCAUAUACUAUAUAUUAUAUAUAUUAUAUUAGACAUAUUAUAUAUAUAAUACUAUAUAUCUUAUAUAAUUUUGUAAAUACUAAAUAGCUUUUAAAAUUCUUUAUAUGUAUAUACUUUUGUACACAUGCACCUCUCGUGGAAAUCAGCUUCGGUUGACGGGGUCAGCGUGUUUAAAUAACGUUUUCUAUCUAUCUACAGUAUAUCUCUAUGAGAGUUGGCUGGAUAUUACCGCGCAAUAGCUAAAACUCGUCAACUCGCAUUAAAAUUUGAACCAGUUCAGAGUUGAUGAGAGAACACGAGAGUCAAUGAGAGUUGGCGCAACUCUCACCAACUGUUACCCUCGUCUGACCAGAUAUUGACCUGAUAUAUUGUCCUUUUCUAGAUUCCAAAAACUUAAGGAUUCCCAACAACGAAUGGUCACUGACGGACUCAACUCUCUGAAGUAUAGAGUAGAAAGUGUGAUUGAAAGACCUCUGUACACGAAAGUCACAGUCGAUAUUAACCCCUUGGGUCUGUAGAAUUUGAAGAACGUAUUUUAACAGUCGAUAUUCAGCAAAUAUUGGGCGGUGUGGUAUAGCAGAAUUUUUUAAAUAUACUAUUCACAUAUAUAUAGAUUGUCCUGAAAAAAUGCAAGUUCCAAAUGUUCCAAAUUAAACAGCCAACACCAAAGUAAGGGGUCAUUAGACCUGUUGUAAAAAUCUCACAACUUUUCAACAAGAUGUGCUCGUGUAGCAAGCCUGUCAACAAGUUGUAACAAUGUUGUUAUUUUAUCAAGUUGCUACAGGGUUGUCACUCGCAACUUGUUAUUAAGUUGUUGAAUUGCAGGACGAUAACAAGUUGUUGGAACAACUUGUAACAAGUCUGUUGAAUCGGCAUGCAACCUUGUAGCAAGUUGUCAACAAGCUGGGAACAAGCAGUGCGAACACAUCCUUUUGACAAGUUGUUGGAACAGCAUUGCUACAAGUCUGCUGCAGGUUUGUUACAACUUGUGUGUAGGGACGGUGUGUACUAGACCAAUUUUAUUAAUCUUAGUAUCACAAUCCAUCUCUUAGAUUAAAUUUUCCAUGCCAACCAAUAAGUAACUGUUUAAAAAUCUAGAACGGUAUUUCGGAUCACCCUGCAGUAUGGUCAGUUCAACUUGUAAAUAUCUACCUAUAAAAUGAUCAUGUUGGUUGGCUUUCUCAGAUGGCUAGCUUUGCUGAUUAAUUUAAACAUGUAACCAUAACUGAUCAAUCGCGAAGCGUGGUCAAGAGUUUAUAUAGUUGCGGUGCCAUGGGCGUAUAACAUAUUAUUUUAUUAUGAUUUUUUUUUUUCUGUGUUGGUGUAGUGUACUCAGGUGAAUAUGAUAUUUGUGGUGUUACUCUGAGUGCACAUCCACACCGGGCGAGCUUGAAAAAUGUGCCCGGCCACGGUGGGAUUCGAACCCACGACCUUUGGAAUACUAGCCCAAUGCUCUGCCAACUGAGCUACGUGGUCAGGACGGUUGGAGUAAGUGAUAUUUCGGAACAGAAUCUAGUUCCUUCGAUACCAAUGUAUUCUAGUAAUAUGAAUUUUUUUUCUGUGUUGGUGUAGUGUACUCAGGUGAAUAUGAUAUUUGUGGUGUUACUCUGAGUGCACAUCCACACCGGGCGAGCUUGAAAAAUAUGCCCGGCCACGGUGGGGUUCGAACCUACGACCUUUGGAAUACUAGCCCAAUGCUCUUCCAACUGAGCUAUGUGGUCAGGACGGUUCGAGUAAGUGAUAUUUCGGAA